AUGAGCAAUAUAUAACAACUCCUCACAAAUUCGCAACACUUAUUACGCAAUGAGCUCCAUUACCACCCUCCUUCUUCUUCUACUAUUUCUGGUGCUGCAAAAUUACGAAUUUGCCCAUGGAGGAGAGCGCAAGGUGCACAUCAGCGAUGACCUUGAUGACGUGUACGAUGACGAAGAGGACGAGUCUUGGAAGGAAUGGGGCAAGAAGAAGGAGCCAUCUUUCCCGCCCGCUGAUCUGUCGAAAAUGGAACCGUCUCAGAUCAAGGAGGAGAUGAUGAAGCGCCACACCGGUCCCGUCAUCGGCUUCGUCAAGCUCCGCUUCGGAUUUCCCCGUACUCCGGACAUGGUAGCGGAAAUCGCCAUGAAAUGGUCACAAGUUAUGAGAACUGGAGGCAUUGGUAUAAGGUUCAUGGGUGUUGAUACAAGUACAAUCAUGUUCAACAUGGAAAGCAUCAAAGGCAUGGAUGAGUUGAAGGACUUUAUCUUUGACCAAUCAGAGGCAUAUGAGAUCAAAAUCGGGAAUGAUGUUUUUCGAAGACCUGGAGAUCCACCUUUAGAAGAGGUUCUUCAGAACCUUCAGAAAGAAAAAACCAAAGCGGAUAAUGCUGGUCAAGAGGAAAAUGAUGGGGAUUUGAGAACAGAGUUGUAAUUCAUUUCUAGGGAUAUGAUUGUCUUCCAAGGUUUAGUAACAGUUUUGUGAAUUUUGUAGUUUGACAUAAAAAAACACUUUCUUCCUCCUCAUUUUAAGGUGAUGAACUGCUUCUAAAGGAUAAUGUAGUAAUCGCCUUUUCAGCAUUUGUGUAAACCAAGAGAAACUCAAACUACUGCAUUGAUGAGACGAAAGAAACAAAGAUAUUCAAAUUCCCCUUGGUGAAAAGUGAGUCCCCUAAUAACCUAUCAAACCAUAUAUGACUAUUCUACUU